AUGGCGAGAACAAGUAGGGGCAGACAAAGGGUUGAGAUGGCAAAGAUAGAGAACAAGAGCCAUCUUGAAGUCACGUUCUCGAAGCGCCGCGCCGGACUUUUCAAGAAGGCCAGUGAGCUUUCCACCCUCUGCGGCCCUGAUGUUGGUAUUAUUGCUUUCUCGCCGUCGGAGAAGAAGGUUUUCUCGUUCGGCCACCCCAGUGUGGAGAGGUGUCUCGGCGAGAACAAUCCUUCGCCGGUUAACGAGACCGGCGGCAUGGCGUUAGUGACGGAGCAGUUUAUUGAGGCUCACCGGAAUGCAAGGGUCCAGGAACUCAACGUAGAGAUUAGCAGCUUGUAA